AUGUAUCAUAACUGCAUUAUACAACUUUUUAUCACAUUACUCUCGUUAACUCUAGUAGAAUCAGCAGUAAAAGAUGCAAGAUAUGAUCAUUCAUCAGCGAUAAUUAAAGACCGUUUAUACAUAUUAGGAGGGUCUGCUGCUUCUGAUCUAUCACAUCCAUCAAGUGAUAUAAUGUAUUUAGAUUUGAAACUUUCUUUUAAUACAUUCAGUCCACCAUGGAUGGGUAUAAUGAACAACAUGAAUGAAUUAACAUUAGCAAGUGCAACGACCUCAAAAGAUCAAAUAAUAUUAUUUGGUGGGGUGUCAAAAGGAUUAAAAAAUGGUCCUAUAAAUGUAUUUGAUGUGAAUGUACAACAAUGGAUAAAUCCAACCAUAAGAGGAGAGGAACCGGAAAGUAGACUUGGUGUAGAUAUCAUUUCAGACGAAGGGAAUAAAGUCUAUAUUUUUGGUGGGAACAAACUUAAUGAUUCGGGUGAAUGGGAAUGGUUUUUGGACUUGCGUAUAUUAAACGCAAUGGAUUUUAGUUGGGAACCAUUGAUACCUGCAGAAGAACUUAGAGCUCGUUAUACCUCUGUCAUGUUACAUGGUGGUGUGAUAGCUUUUAUUGGUGGCUAUGUUAGAAAGGAAGAAAAUGGUCAAUUUUCAAGAAGUUUAGUUGAAAUGAACGAGAUUUCACUAUUUCAUACAUUUGAAUCUAAAUGGCACAAGGAGAUAGCGGGUGGAGAGAUAAUAGAAAAGAGGCAUGGUAACAUAACUAAUGAGUUAACCACUCCUACAAGUAUGAAUUCAAAUAUAUAUAUAUUAGAUACAAAUAAUUACUCAUGGAUCAGCUCGUAUUCCUAUUCAAAUGUUUCCACAUCAACGGCAACUCCUCAACACAGAAGUGAUGAAAUUUCGGUUGGGUUGAUAGUUGGAUUGAUUGGUGCAGGAAUAGCAUGUACAAUCAUAAUAAUUGUAGCGGGUAUAUUGAUACAUCGAAAAAUUUGGAAUCGGAGUGAUGAUGAUGUGAUAGCGAUUCCUACCCCUGGGAGUAGUGAAAUUGGAAAUACUUUAGUUAGAAAUGAUAUUGUUACAGUUGAUGAUAGCAACACUGAUCGUAAUAGAUAUAGCGUUGCCACUAUUCCUCCUACUUCACAAUCUUCAAAUGAUAGAAUUAGGCCCAUCUCUUUUGUUAAUAUUUCCUAUUCCCCUACCAAACCUACCAAAACUUCACAUGCUUCACGUCCAUUUAAUCCUUAUGCUUAA